UCUGAUAAAACUUUACACAAUUUGUUAAUCUAUAUGCAUUCCCUUCAGUUUAAUCCAUGAAGUUAUCUUUAGUUGUAAACUGACAAUACAAUCAUGUCAUUUAAUUUUGAGGAGUUCGUAAAGAAAUAUUACGUCCAUCCUGAAACAAUAGAAUUUUUCAAAGCGAGGCUUGCGGAUAAUGUUCAACCAUAUUAUGAAGUUGGAGUAGAAGAGGCGAGGAAACAGAGUGUUGCCGCAGCAAUAAAAUAUGGUGGUACAGUUAACCUUGACGGAAAAGAAACGGAGUUUAUCAUUCCAUCUCCACACUGCAAAGAUGGUAUACCUGUAACUGUGUACAAGCCGUCAUCCUGUGAUACGUUACCUGCCCCUGGUAUACUGGUAUAUUAUCAUGGUGGUGGAAAUACUGUUGGAUGCCGUAAAACCCAUGAAACUGUAUGCAAAAUUUUAGCAAGAGAUUCACCAUGUAUAGUUGUGAAUGUUGAGUACCGUUUAGCACCAGAACACAAAUAUCCUGCAAAUAUAGACGAUUCUACUUGUGCGCUACAGUGGGUGGCAGCAAACAAGGCAACCAUAGGUGGUAAUGUAAAUAGUAAACUUGGUGUGUCUGGGGAUAGCGCUGGUGGAAAAUUAGCGGCUAUUGUAUGUCACGAAGCUAAAGACUUGGUAGACUUUGCAAUUUUGAUUUAUCCAAGUGUCAGUAUGAACUUUGAACACCCUUCAAAUGAAGAGUUCCGAGAUGGUCCGAGUCUGUCUCAAACGACAAUUAAAUGGUUCACAGACCAAUAUAUCACAGAUGAAGAUAAAAACAAACCAAGGGCCUCGGUAAUACUGAACAAAGACUUUUCAUACCUUCCACCGACACAGAUUAUUGUGGCUGAUCUUGAUCCUCUGAGAGACGGAUGUUAUGCAUAUUAUGAGAAAUUAAAGCAAGCAGGUGUUAAAGUAGAGUUGAAAACAAUAAAAGGUGUGCCUCAUGCAUUUUGGAGUCUUACAGCUGCAUACAAAGAGAAUUGUAGAGAAGCACAUGCUGCUGCUGUGAAGUUCAUCCAAGACCACUGUUAUAAUAACUAAAACAUACUAUAGUUUGUCCAAGUGAUGCUGAAUAUAAUUAUUGAGUGUCCACAUUUAUACUUUAUAAUAUAAACAGAGAAAUACGCUAUUUAUAUGCGUCCUUUUCUAAUUUUGGUACGGAUUUAUUAGAAAUGCUAUUUAGACAAUGACAUGCUAGCAUCAACUACUGACUUGCUAGUGAAAUCACCAAAACCUAAUUUUGAUAAAUGUUUUGCAUAGUAAUUAAAUACAUGUACAAGGUACUUAAAUUAUGGGCAGUUAGUCACCGGAACUUAAACUAACACACUUCAGUGGUCUAUAUCUGAAUACAUUAUCGGACUUAAUUAUUACUGUUAGGUUAAAGUAUGAACAGAUGUACAAAAAAGGCAAAUUUCGUUUCGUUCAACAAGAGUAUGUUCUAAGCAUAAAUAUUUAGGAUUUUGUAAAGAUGAUUUUGAUAAAAAAUGACAUAUAUGUGAUGUUUCAAUAAAAACCGUAAAUAUUGUAAAUAGUUAUAGUAUUGUUCAUAAAAGUUAUUCAUGUAUCAAGAUACAGGCGGGAUGGCCAAAUGGUUAUAACGUUUCGGAGAAGUAAUCUAAAUAAUCUAGCUGCGUGGAUUCAAACCCUAUCGGGGACAAGUCGUUGCAUUUGGCUCAUUGCUCAGUACUGGUUGGUCCCCGGAUCGUGUGUCUUAGUACACAUAAACUAUCAAUCUCAGAUUUCCCUUAUAUUUGCAUGUCUUAGCGUUAUUUAGGUGAUGAUUUAAAUCAAAUUGGGUAACUUUUAGAUAAAGAAUUGACAGAAAAUGUUUGUCUUCGAUUUGUAACAUUGGAAUAAAAUAUCAUACAGUUA